AUAAUUAUGGCAUUACUGUAUAUAAGUGCUUAUAAAGCACAGAUCAUACCGGGACGUAAUCCAAACGACCAGCAGCCAGAACUUUUUCUGAUCGAUGACAGAGGAAGUUUAGAAACCUCAUUUUUGGAUGGGUCUCGAUUUGGCACAGGAUCAGAUUUUGGACUCCCUCCUAUUCCUUUUUUAGCCAUAGCGUUACUUGUAAUACCAAUGGUAAUGAUGACAAUGAUGAGUACUUCUGAAACAAGUGUUGCACCAAGACCUGUUGUACCAACAUUUGUGUCGGUUACUGUUCCAACAACACAAGCAGCUGUACAAACGACGUCAUGUGUUCCAACAAAUUGCCCUGCAAGAUAUAGGUUAUUGAAUGACCAAACUGAUAGUCCUAAUUGUUACGUCUACAGCGAAGAUCAAACGCAAAUAUGGUCUACUGCUCUGAAGGCUUGUACCGAUACACCAGGAGCAUACCUAUGGAGACCAAAUUCACGAGAAGAAGCUGAUGCUGUCAAAAAUACGUUUGGUUUCGAGUGA